AUGAGUUCUCAAAAUCUAGAAAUCUUUGAGGAAUAAACUUUGAAAAUGAAGAUCGAUGAGUCGCUAUAAUAACACUAAGAGCUGAACGACGAAGAAAUUCUCAACAGAUACUAAAAGGUUGUGAAAUCUAAUAGUAUCAAGACGAUUCUUUAUCACUUUAUUGAUUUUAUGAAAUCAAGCGGAGAUGACAUCAUCAUUGAAGCUCUAAGCAAAACUAAAGAUAAAUCAAUCUCCCAAAUACGUAAAGAGUUCUCCUCAUUCAUAAAACAAAAGAAACUAAACCAAUAGACUUUCCUCGCUUUAUAUAAUAGUUCAAGAUUUAGUGCUCAUCUUGAAUAUUAUCUUAAUUAUUACUCAAUUGACGUUAUUAUACUAAAUAACAUGAAAUAUUACGAAAGUCACAUUCUUUGCCUAGUCUUUUUCUAAAGAUGUUUUGCAAACAAAGAAUUAAUUAAUUUUAUCAAAACCUAUAAAAAAAAUAAUAAUCAAUUCUGA